UUCUGGUAUUGACUUAAAUCUUGCAAACAUACACAUUUUAAACCUCAUUGUGAACACUGAUGUCAGUCUUGCAGUGUAUAAUAACAAUCCUCAAAAAUAUAUGUCCUUUAAUAUAUUUGCAAAAGCAUUUUGUGUGCUUUUUGAAAUUGGGUCUCAGUAGCACUUUACCUAGGAUAUAUUUAGCCCUUGCUUUCCUUUGCUUGCUGACCCCAUUCCCAUGGAGAGAAAGUGACAGGCUAGGGCAACUAUGAAUGUCACAUGAUAUGCUUCAGCAGAGAAGAGAGUGUUGGGAGGGUGAGUGCACAAUCAUGGCUUGUGGUAAGCAAGAAGUGGUCUGGACAAAUGUCCAGAGCCCAGAAACUGAACAAGAUUUAGUUGAGGAUCAGCAUGCUGUCAUUGCCACUCCUGACGUAGUGCUCCAGGUGGAGGGAGAGUCAUUCUUUGUGAACCGCAAGCAUUUGGCCCAGCUGAGUCCCUAUUUCCGAGCCUUGUUCUUUGGCGGCGGUCGGGAGAGCACCAAGAAGCACAUUGAGAUUAAAGGAGUUGGACUGCAGCAGUUCCACACACUAAUGGAGUUCACAAAGAACUUCAAGCUGACCCUGGACAGAAAGAACGUCCUUGAUAUUCUGGAGGCUGCUGACUUUCUUCAGUUGGACAGGGCUCGGCUACUCUGCUGUAAGUUCUUGGAAAGGCAACUGCAUCUUAGUAAUUGCUUGGGAAUGAUGGCCUAUGCUUGGCAGCUUGGCUGUCUGGAUCUCUACGCCGCAGCAAGGGAAGUAGUCUUGACCCAUCUACCUGCCAUAGCCUCCGAGCAGGACUUGAUGUUCCUUUCUAAGGAAAGUAUUGCCGACCUCCUCGCUAGCGACAAUUUGAGCAUUCCAAGGGAAGACUUAGUCCUUGACGUUGCCCUUCGCUGGGCAACAUUUGACCCAAGUCGGGAAGAAGACUUCAUGGAACUAGUGGGCCUGGUUAGGCCGGAGUGCUUAAGUCUUCCCUACAUUACUGAUCUUCUGACUAAGAUAAACAGUUCAGACCCACGUGCAAAGCUCAUUUGCAGACUGAACGAUAACUUGCCCAGCAGCUGGACUAUGGGCAGGUCUAUGCCUAGAACUCGUUCAAGGGAAACUUUGUUUGUUCUCGGUGGGCCGCAUGAGCAAGAAGAGCAGUUGCUGUAUCAAUUCCAUCCCUAUAGUGGAAGGUGGCAAUCCCAACCACCCCUGCAAAAGAAGUGUCUCACACAGUACUCCGUGGCUGCAGUAGGGGACAACAUAGUAGUGACUGGAGGCUACUUCCGGGAUGUGUUGUGGUACAGCGUGGACUGGGUGAGCAUUUACCAGUGUGGCAAUGAGAAGUGGGUGGACGGCCCAGCAAUGCAGAAGUCCAGACACAGCCACUGCUCAGCGGCUCUGGAGUUCAAGCUUUUUGUAUUUGGCGGAAGCAUGGACGAGGGACCUGUGGCCGAAGUCGAGAGGCUAGUCCUGGGAGCGGAAGAAUGGGACACCGUCAGCCCCAUGGUGCGAUCUGUAGAAAGGGCGGCCAUUGCCACAUUGGGGACUUGUAUUUAUGUGGCCUGUGGUCUGGAUGAGAAUGGAGAUGUUUACAGUGGGAUUCAGAGGUACAGGCCAGAGGUUGAUCAAUGGGACGUGGUGUCCUAUUCUCCGUUCCCACGUUACGACCUUCUUGCAACGGAGCUCAAUGGUGCCCUCUAUCUGCUGGGAGGACAGGCUCUGCGCUUAGACAUCGACACAGACGAGUGGACCAUUCUUCAAGAAGACUGUCUGGACAACAAAUUCUUCACAGGCUGUGCCACAGUGAAUGGGCAGAUUUACAUACUGAGCGAGAGGAAGAUAAACAAAACAUACCCAAACAUGAUCCUAAUGGACCCUUACAUCGACACUUGCUUAGAAAUUGAUGAUAAAAUACCCUGUCCUGUACCCAUAAGAGGAUGUGUCACAAUGCGUGUGAAUCCCUUCUGAAGCCA